UUAUUAUUCUGCUGCAUGGGUAAUCUUUAUGGCAAGCUCAUGCACUGCAAACAACUACUUGAUGGGCAUCUGUUUGAGGGGUUCCUGAGGAAGAUACGGCGCUGGACAAUGGCGGAGGAGCAAAACGUCGAACAGUUUAAGGGCCAAGCGCGCCUCCCCAAAUUCGCAGCCCCAAAGCGCUACGACCUUUUCCUCAAACCCGAUCUGGCCUCGUGCACAUUCUCCGGAUCCGUACGCAUCGCCCUCGACGUCGUCGGCCACACCCGGUUCCUCGUCCUCAACGCCGCCGACUUGGCCGUGAAGGAGGGCUCCGUGUGGUUCCGGAGCUCUUCUUCCUCCGAGGAGAUUCGCCCCGUGGAGAUUGUUGCUGUGGAAGGAGAUGAGAUUCUGAUCAUUAGGUUCGAUAGACUUCUUCCUCGAGGGGAGGGGGUUUUGGGGAUUGGGUUUCAAGGGACGUUGAAUGAUAAGAUGAAGGGCUUCUAUAGAAGUACUUAUGAAUACAAGGGGGAGAAGAAGAACAUGGCGGUUACUCAGUUCGAGCCUGUGGACGCUCGCCGCUGUUUCCCUUGCUGGGAUGAACCCGUUUGCAAGGCUACAUUCAAAAUAACACUGGAAGUUCCCUCUGAGCUGGUCGCGCUGUCAAAUAUGCCAGUCGUCGAUGAAAAGCUGGAUGGUCCUAACAGGAUUGUCUCGUUUGAAGAAUCACCGAUUAUGUCGACUUACUUGGUAGCUAUUGUUGUUGGCUUAUUUGACUACGUGGAAGCUUCGACAUCGGAUGGGACGAAGGUUCGUGUCUACUGUCAAGUUGGUAAGAGUAGCCAAGGAAAAUUUGCCUUGGAUGUUGCAGUGAAGACGCUGGAUCUGUACAAGAAGUACUUUGCUGUACCUUACCCGCUUCCCAAACUGGACAUGGUUGCUAUUCCCGAUUUUGCUGCUGGAGCUAUGGAGAAUUAUGGUUUAGUCACUUACCGGGAAACAGCUUUGCUGUUUGAUGAUCGUCACUCAGCAGCCUCAAAUAAACAACGGGUGGCAAUUGUUGUGGCACAUGAAUUGGCUCAUCAGUGGUUUGGAAAUCUUGUGACAAUGGAAUGGUGGACCCACUUAUGGCUUAAUGAAGGUUUUGCAACUUGGGUGAGUUAUUUAGCCGCAGAUUCCUUAUUUCCUGAAUGGAAUGUUUGGACACAAUUUCUAGAUGAGACUACCACGGGAUUAAGGUUGGAUGCACUUACAGAAUCACAUCCUAUUGAGGUUGAUAUAAAUCAUGCCAGCGAAAUUGAGGAAAUUUUUGAUGCAAUAAGCUAUAAGAAAGGAGCUUCUGUUAUUCGUAUGCUGCAAAGUUACCUUGGUGCUGAAUGCUUUCAGAAAGCGUUAGCUUCGUACAUCAAAAAAUUCGCCUAUUCGAAUGCGAAAACUGAAGAUUUGUGGGCUGUUCUUGAAAAGGAAUCUGGUGAACCAGUGAAAAAGUUAAUGCACUCAUGGACAAAGCAGAAAGGUUAUCCUGUUCUUUCUGUAAAAGUGAGAGAUGGAAAUUUGGAAUUUGAACAGACUCAGUUCUUAUCAAGCGGAUCCUCAGGAGUUGGACAAUGGAUUGUCCCUAUAACAUUAUGUUGCUGUUCAUAUAAAUCUCAGGAAAAGUUCCUGCUGGAAACAAAAUCUGACAAGAUGAAUUUAACUAAGCUUUGUGAUUCUUUUGAUAGCGGUAAAGGCGGAAAAUUCUGGAUAAAAGUUAAUGUCAAUCAAACUGGGUUUUAUCGGGUGAACUAUGAUGAUGAACUUGCUUCUAAACUUCGAUAUGCUAUAGAGUCCCACCAGCUUACUGCAACAGAUAGAUUUGGUGUUCUUGAUGACUCCUUUGCCUUAAGUAUGGCUUGCAAGCAGACACUGUCGUCUUUAUUAUCUUUAAUGGCUGCUUACAAGGAGGAGUCUGAAUACACUGUGCUGUCACACAUAAUCACUACAAGUUACAAGGUUGUUGACGUGGUUGCUGAUGCUGCCCCAGAAUUGGUAGAUGACAUCAAAACAUUCUUUAUAAGCCUUCUCCAAUACCCUGCAGAGAAGUUAGGAUGGGACCCAAAAGAUGGUGAAAGCCACUUGGAUGCGAUGCUAAGAGGGGAGAUUUUGACCGCUCUUGCUGAAUUUGGGCAUGAUAUUACAAUUAAUGAAGCAGUCAAGCGUUUUCAUGCCUUUAUGGAAGAUAGAGAUACAUCUCUUCUCCCUCCAGAUACACGAAAGGCUGCAUAUGUUGCUCUGAUGAAGACGGUGAACAACUCGAAUAAAGUAGGAUAUGAAUCUCUUCUGAGGAUUUACAGGGAAACUGAUCUGAGCCAGGAGAAAGUCCGUAUCUUAAGUGCUUUGGCUUCUAGCCCGGACCCCAGUGUUGUUCUGGAAGCCCUAAAUUUUCUGUUGUCUUCUGAGGUUCGAAAUCAAGAUGCCGUGCAUGGUUUAGCAGGAAUUAGCCGUGAGGGACGUGAUGUUGCAUGGAUGUGGUUGAAGGAAAACUGGGAACACAUCUCAAAGACGUGGGGCUCUGGAUUUUUGAUCACUCGCUUUAUCAGUUCUAUUGUGUCACCGUUCUCCUCGGAUGAGAAAGGCGAUGAAAUAGAAAAUUUCUUUGCUACCCGCUCGAAGCCUUCCAUUUCUAGGACACUGAAGCAGAGUAUCGAGCGAGUUAGGGUCAACGCGAAGUGGGUUAAAAGUAUUCAGAGCGAGACUUCCCUGGGAGAAGUUGUGGAGGAGUUAGCCUACAGAAUAUACUAAUUUACGGUACUGCUGUGCAUCGACCAAUAAAGAUUGCUGAUGUAGCUAUUGUUGAUAUAACUGCGAGAUGUCCCGACGAGAAACUCUUUUCCUCUCCACAAGAUAACUUAUAAAAUGUGUAAUUAUCAGUACCAUAACUCACGACAAUGGUGGUCUCUAUGAAAGAUGCUCUUUAAACAUUGCUCCAAUCUUUGUAUUAUUGCCGGAUAAAUUUUGGGUUCCCUAGGAUGUGUUAUUGCAGUUUGAUGGAUGGCGUGGUUGUGGUGUGUUUUAAACUGUUUGGUCUAGCUGAUAAAAAUGAUGCGCCAGUGCUGGAAUUUGUUGUCUAUUUUUUGAGUUCAGGUGGGAUUUUUUUUUUUU